AUGCGCGAGGGAAGCUCCGCCGGUGUGGCGCUGCGCGAGACCAUCCAACUCGCGCAAGCCACCGAAGCGAUGGGAUACGAGCGCUACUGGGUGGCCGAGCAUCACAACCUGCCCAAUUUUGCCGGCACCGCCCCCGAGGUUCUGGUCGGGCAAAUUGCGGCCAACACCCGGCGCAUCCGCGUCGGUUCCGGCGGCGUGAUGCUGUCGCACUACAGUUCCCUGAAAGUGGCGGAGACGUUCCGUAUGCUGGAUGCCUUCUACCCCGGCCGCAUCGACCUGGGCAUCGGUCGGGCGCCCGGCAGCGAUCAGAUAACCGCCGCCGCGCUGGCGUAUCCCAGCACCCCGAAAGACAUUCGCCAUUUCCCGCAGCAGGUGCGGGACGUGGUGAAUUAUCUGAACGACUCGCAGCCCGACGACCACCCCUUCAACGCGGUGGCUGCAUCCCCAGACGAACCGGACACUGCGCCGCAGGUCUGGUUGCUGGGGUCUCGGUACGAGUCGGCGUUUAUGGCCGCCAAGAUGGGCCUGCCCUUCGCCUACGCACACUUCUCGAAUUUCGAGGCCUCGGAGCACCUGGAGCAACCGUUGGUGAACGUUGGGGUGCAGGUACUGUGCGCCGACACCGAGGAAGAGGCGCGGCGGAUCGGGUCCAGCCGCAACCUGGGUCGCCUGCGGUCGGUAACGGGUCAAGCCAAGGGCAUUCCAUCGCCGGAGUUGGCUGCUUCGUACAAAUAUCUGGCCAACGAGUGGCAAUUUAUACAGCAGUAUCUCCGCAAUUGCGUGGACGGCGACCCGGAAGAGGUGAAAGCAGGGCUGGAGCGAGUUUCGGAACAGUACCAAACCGCCGAUCUGAGCGUGGUUACCAUCUGCUACCACUAUGCCGACCGCGUGCGCUCCUACGAACUGGUGGCGCAGGCGUGCGGGCUGGAGCCGCCCGACCUGGGUUAA